UUAAUAACAGUGAAUAUAAAGAUAUUUAAUUAUAAUAUAUUCGGGCCGCUCUCAAUAAUAUCUAAUCUAAUAUUUGCAUUAUUAACAUUUCCAUUAUUUCCCAUGAAACUAUUCAGAUUGAUCGCGGUGGUAACGAAGCAUUCAUCAUGAAUUCGCAAUUCGUGGAGCAGAUAUACACCAUAAUGUACAUUCAGCACACCAAGAAUUGGCACAAAGUCCAACCGGAAGUCGGGAAUUACAAGUGGCUGAGCGAGAAAAGGCCGACGAUCACGUGGAUGUCCAGCAAAGAUGAGUACAUAAUACGGCAUGAAUUGAAGAAGUUGGAGGAUGAUCAGAAGGUGAAGGUGAUUAAUCAACUGCUGAAAUGGAUCGAGAUGGAUCCGAACAUCUCCAGUUUAAAAGUGCCGGAGAAAUGCAUCAAAUUGUUGAACGUAGCUGCGAACAACGAGGCCGUAAAGACGGCCAACAUUUCUAGGAUUGCGAGUUUCCGAAACAGUUUCAGACGCACCAUUUUACCAAAUAAAGUCAGCCCGAUGAAAGUUGAUUUGAACCGUAUUGCAAACCAUCCGAGAACUGUAACAUUCAACGAUAAACCUACUAUCUACAGUAUCCACUGCUAACAGCGGUUAACAAUGUGGGAUAAGCAAUGUUGAUCAUAAGAAAGUUUAUGAACAUAUAUUAGCCAUCUUCGAAUAAUUAACAAAAAAUAACUUUAAAUUAAUCAAAUA